AUGGGCUCUGUUAAGAUGUUCCUGUAUCAGAAAUUGGUUCUCUUUGUCCGCUCUUUCUGGUUCUCCGUCUCCACCUAUUUGCUUCCUUGGUUGGGUGUCAUUACCACCUACCUCUUCAGGUUUAAAAAGAAUAAGAGUUCUUCAGAGAACAAUUCAAAGUUCUCAGAGCUUAUUUCUGAAGAAAAUUGCCAAAAGAAUCCCAGUUGUAAUGCGCCAGAGUCAGUGUUAGAAGUAAAAAAUGAUUCUUUCAGUUUUUCUGAAAGAGAGAAUGAUGAGGUGGGCGAAAAAGAGACUCCCGCGUUCUGUUUCAAAUUUAAAUUCCCAACCUUUGAGGAAUUCAGUAAAAGCAGUGGGGUUGAUAAAGGUUUUCUUAGCUCUGAAGUGGUUCCAUCAAUUAGUACUAGUAAGUAUGAGUUCAUGCCUGAGAAGAGUUUUAGCGGGUUCAUUGAAGAACCAGAGUUUUUAAGUUUUGAUGUAAAAGAAGCAAACAUUGAUAAAAAUAGUGGUUCUUUAGGAGUGAAUGAAAUUGUUGAAGAUGGGUUUUUAUCGGAGAUGGAUUUUAAAAAAGUUCAUUCAGAACCAGAAACUGUUCAUGAUGAAGUACCAGAGAACGUGAUUGAUGAUGCAUGUUUGGAAGAGGAGAUACCAGAGAAAAUUGAGGCAACGACAUUCACAGAAGAGAAGCUUGAACCAGAUGAUGAAGAUAACAUUUCUCGUGGUGACCAAGAUGAAGUUCAUUCUGAAAAUGAUUCCAUCAGUAUGGAAUCAGAUUCAGAAUCAAUGAGUUUAAGCCAUAUGCAUUCUGUUAUGAGUCAUCUGAUUGAUUCAUAUAGUGAUGGGUUUUUGUCAGAUGGAGAUUUCGGAGGAGAAUUUGAACUAGAUACUUUGAUGGAUAAUGAUGGUGAGAAGAAAGAGCACUAUGAUGGGAUGCCAGACUUUGAAGAUCACGAAUCUGAUGACUUUGAUGAUGAAGAUAGUGAUAUAAUGGAAGAACUUAAAAAAUUGGAGGAGGUUCAUUUGCAGAAUCCAUUUGUAUCUCAGAAUGAUUUUGGUAAAGAAUUGGACAAAUCCAAAAAUGAAGAAUUCAAUACCAAAGAUGACAAGCCAGUGAACGGUUCAGGUAAUUCUGAAAAGCUCGAGUCAAAGAAUUCAUCAGACCUGGAUUCAGAGGAUGAAUAUGAUUUGGAAACAUUGUGGGAACAUCAAGAAUUGAUAGAACAGUUGAAGAUGGAACUUAAAAAGGUUAGAGCCACAGGACUGCCUACUAUCAUGGAAGAAUCCGAGUCGCCAAAGAUGGAGGACUUAAAGCCAUGGAAGAUCGACGAGAAGUUUCAGCGUGAAGAUUGUAUAGGGGAGCUUCACAAAUUCUACAAGAGUUACAGGGAGAGGAUGCGAAAAUUCGAUAUCUUGAAUUACCAGAAGAUGUAUGCAAUAGGUUUUCUGCAGCUUAAAGACCCACUCCAAUCAAUUACAAGGCAGAAAACUUCAGUUCCAGCUUUCACAUCCCUUUUGUCACAGAGCUUUAAAUCAUACAAGAAGAAAAAAGUUGAAACCGACCCAAUGAUAAAGUUCAUCGGAGAAUUACAGAGUGAUUUGGAAGUGGUGUAUGUCGGACAAAUGUGCCUUUCCUGGGAAAUUCUACAAUGGCAAUAUGAGAAGACCUUGGAUCUUUGGGAAGCUGAUCCACGAAGGAUACAUCUGUACAAUGAAGUUGCUGGAGAAUUUCAGCAGUUUCAAGUGCUCAUGCAAAGAUUUAUAGAGGAUGAACCUUUUCAAGGUCCAAGGGUUCAGAAUUAUGUCAAGAAUCGAUGUGUUCUUCGUAAUCUUCUUCAGAUUCCUCUUAUAAGAGGUGAGAAUUUGGAAAUUUGGGUUAUUCUUAGCCAAGUUGAGGAUAGUUCAAAGGACAAAAGGAAGGCAAAAAUGAAAGAGAAAGGCGAAUAUGCCAUUACAAGUGACAUGCUAGUGGAGAUCAUGGAAGAAUCAAUACGAAUUUUUUGGCGAUUUGUUCGAGCAGAUAAGGAUUGCACCAAUGUCAUUUCAAAGGAUCGAAGGGGAACACCUGUAGAACUUCAAGAUCCUGAAGAUUCCAAGCUUUUGUUGGAAGUCCGAAGAAAUCUUCAGAAGAAGGAGAGGAAGCUCAAAGAUCUGUUGAGGAGUGGAAACUGCAUAUUAAGGAAGUUCCAAAGGUGUCGAGAAGACGAGUCAGAUCAAGUUCUUUGCUUCUUCUCUCAAGUAGAUAUGAAACUAGUCUCAAGGGUCCUAAACAUGUCAAGAAUAACAACAGACCAGCUGUUCUGGUGUCGAAAUAAACUAAGCAAUAUUAGUUUCGUUAACCGGAAGAUUCAUGUAGAAUCUUCAUUUUUGCUCUUUCCAUGUUAA